AUGUCAUUCAUCGCCCGCCAUGCUUUCCCGCCCAUUCCCUCGCUCCCACGCUCCUACUUCCUGGGCCACCACAAAUCUGGCCUUACCAAGAUGAAACAGCUCCUCUCUUCCAUCGACCUCGUCAUCGAAUGCCGCGACUACAGGAUCCCACUCACAUCGCGCAAUCCCCUCUUCGAAUCCGCACUCGAGGACAAAGAACGACUCAUCGUCUACACCAAACGCGAUCUAGGUGGCGGAAACAGGGAUAACCGCAACGAAGAAAUCAUCCAGAGCUGGGGCGGCAAAGGUAGAGAAGGCACAACCCUUUUCGUCCGUGGUGGCAAGGACGAAGCAGGCGAAUAUGCAGGCAAGAAGAGUAUCUCUCGAGUCCUCGAAUGGCUGAGAAGCCAUGCGGAGCAGAGGUGGAAGUUGGUCGGGCACAGGGUCAUGGUGGUUGGCAUGCCCAACGUUGGCAAAUCCACGCUGCUGAAUGCGCUUCGCGCCCAAGGGGUCGGCAAAGGAAAAGUCGCAGCCACGGGCGCGCAGCCCGGUGUGACGCGCAAAGUAGCGUCGGGCGUGAAGAUUAUCGCGAGCGAGGACGACACAGAGGGUGUUCAUGAUGCACGGAAAGUGGGUGUCGGCGGUGGUGUCUAUCUGCUCGAUACACCGGGUGUUUUCAUCCCGUAUGUGCCGGACUCCUCGGCCAUGCUGAAACUCGCCCUCUGUGGCUCUGUCAAAGAUACAAUCAUCUCCCCUGUCAUGUUGGCAGAUUACCUCUUAUUCCACCUUAAUCUGCAUUCCCCCACCUUGUACUCGGAGUAUGCGUCGCCCACAAACGACAUUGUGGAGUUGCUGACUGCCAUGGCGAGAGCUACGGGCCGGUUGGGUAAAGGGGGCACGGCAGACACAGAGGCCACGGCGCUGUGGAUGAUUCAAAAGUGGCGGACGGGCCAGAUGGGCAGGUUCUUGCUCGAUGAGAUUGAAGAGGCGAGUCUGGAGAAGCAGAAGUUGAGCGAGGAGGAGGCGGUGCCGAGUAUGAAUCAGGCGAGGAAGAUGGAGAGGGAGAGGAGGAGAGCGAGGAAUAAGGCGAGGGGGGAGAAGUGA